AUGUCUGCAGACGAAGCAUCUCUUGAAGGUCUUACAAACAUAUUAUGUGAGCUUUACUCUGGACAGUCAAAUGGUGAGAGAUUAAAAUCGUUGCAAAAUGUUCUCGUUGAAUUUGAACUUCAACCCAAUGCCUGCGGAGUUGCUCUUUACUACUUGGCAAAAACUCAAAACCAAUAUGUGUUCAUGUAUUGUUUGGGUGUCAUAGAAAAGACUGUACUCAAAAAGUGGAUUUUGAAGGACGAAUCCGAAAAGUUGCAAAUAAGGCAGUUUGUAACGACAUUAUUUCAAAGCUUUGAGAGGCUUUCGCAAAAAUUAGAUGCUCAAGUAAUCUAUUUUUUGCAGGCAAAAACCAGUAAGAUCCUUGCUGACAUCGCUCGCUUUGACUGGCCUUGUUCUUUUCCUGAAUUCUUUGAUAUUGUUCUUUCCAUGGUCAGCUCAGAAAUAUUGGGAACGAACCAUUUUUCCUUAAUAAAAACAUCUUCCGGCCUUAUUUCGCUUCGAAUAGCUUCUGAAGAAAUGAUCAGACCAAAAGACUGCUUCUGUUCUACCCGAAAACUAGAUCUUAAAAACUCCCUAGUUCAUCGUGCAUCACUUCUAACUGCGGCUCUUAAUAUUUGUGCAGAGCGGCUUUUCGGCCCUGAUCUCAUUUCAAAGGCCUCAUGCCUAGUAGACUCUGGAUACUUUAACCCAAACGAAUCCUUAAUGAAUCUCUGGCCUGGUAUCCUUCAACUUGCUUCUUCUUUGUUUAAAGAAUCCCGGGGAAAGAUUAUGGGGCCACUUGUUCGGGUCUGUCUAAAUUUUAUGUAUUGCCUUGCUGAAUUGUUUUCUUGGCUUCCACUGGAUACUCCAUAUCAAAGUCGCUUGUUCGCUGUCAUAUAUAUAUUGUCAGUUGCUGGCUCGCCUACUGUGAUUUCCUCUAUUGUAAAGGAAUUACGAGAAGAAAAUGAUCAAGGCGGUUGGGCUCCUAGUCAUAUCAUCCAUAUUAGUCUGGCAUCGGCUUCAUGCCUAUACGAGGUUGCCGAGCGGAAAGAGAUAGCAUCAUGUCUUAAUCUCAAUGCCAAUUUAAUGCGACUUUUCCUGGUUACAGAGUGUCACCUUAGCCUUGUUUCCGGGAGGUGUACUCUACCCGAGAAUGCAAAAUCAAUAAUACUUAGUGUAAUACAACCUAAUCAAAUGCUCAUUGGACAUGCUGAUGCCUGUAACGCUGUCGAAGCGGAUGGCAUGAAUGAGACAGGUCUUAAAGAUUACCACCAAAAAUUAAUUGAAUUGCUCCGUCAACUUGUAACGAACUUCUUGACUGUCGCCAAGGACGCUUCCUUUUCCGAAAGUAAUAAGAAGGCCUCUUUUUCCUCUGGCAACUUUUUGAGCCUUUUUCAUCAUUUUACUUUCACGACGGCGCAGGCAGAUACAGAUCUGUAUUUUUCCUGUCUACGAAUUUGGGAUAGUUAUUUAGAUUACGUUCUAAUUAGAAGAGAAUCGGCUAUGACUGCUGGGAUCGACACAGAUUCAUUUAGGGAGGAACAAGCAGAAGCUUCGAUGGUAUCUGUUGCUCUUGGAAGUUCUGUGCUUUCUUCAAUGCUUUAUUCUGACUCCGGUGGUAUACUCCUAGAUGCUCUCGAAGAUGAUCUAGGCGAAGAAAUCGAUGAUAGUGUAGAGGAAAAGGAGGAGGAGUGUACUGGAUUGGCCACUCAAUGUGGCGAACAGGAUGACGAUGAAGACACUUCCUUGGAUCUUCUGCGUGGAUUGGCUACAGGUAAAAAUAAAACAGGUGGCAACAAUCCCGGCGUAUGUGAAUACCGACAGUUCCUGCGCGAAAGCCUUCUUAUACUCGGCAUGGUUGCACAACUCACUCCCGAUAAUCUGAUUGAUCAGCUGCUUCGUAACUACUACUUCAAUCACUUAGGGUUCCUAAAAUUGGUUGAUCUUUCCGCAGUUUCGAAAUCUGGCCGAUUUAAUUUGGAACUAAGUGAGCAUGCGUCUCGCCGGCUUCACUAUUGCUUACGUGAUUUGGCCACUACCAUGCAAGCUUUAGGAUAUUUAUCUGCCCAUUUUUCACAAUGUGCUCCUACUGUUGGCCAAGAAUUCAAAAAGAAUGAAUCCCUCGGUAUUUGGUUUCUACGAUGUCUCGUUCAACUUCUUCAGUGCACAUCCAUUGUUUCUACUAGUCUCCUUAUUACCGAAUCUUCUGAAACUUUAAUUCGGCUGGAUAUUAUUGAAUUGGCCGCUCAAAAUCUGUCUACUAUUCAAGGCCUUGUCACCAGUAACCUCUUGGUUUCUCUACCAAGCUCGCUUGUUGAUCUAACCGGGAAAAUUGUUCUUUCCUUUCCUGAGCGUGAUGCUCUAGUUUUGGAACUUCUAUGCAUAAUUGACCGACUAUUACUGAUGCCUUCCGUGGAUAUCACUAAUGCUAAAUACCCCGUCCCUCCACGUCUACAAUUGCACGCCGCAAGGUGA